UCUCUCUUUCUCUCACUGUCACUCUCUCUCUCUCGUCUCCAUUUCUGUCGAAUCGCAGAAGAUAACUGAUUCAUCUUUCUUUGUGUUUGGUUUUUACAGUGAAAUCCCAUGUGACAGAGAAGUCCUCGCUCUUCCACCAAACUCACGGAACAACUGCUGGGAAUUACCUGAAGGUUUAAGCUGUAACGUGGCGGCACCGGAUGAGAAUUACUAUGUCAGUAUGAACAAUGGUUUCACCUCAGACACACCCAACGUCAACAGGAUGCUCUCCACACGGGGUUCUCGCUACAGAUUUGAUGACCUCGACGAAGGAAACUGCGGCGGCAGGUCCCGAGUAGACACUCUUUAUGUGCUCCCUGAUCCAAAAUUUAAGCCAGGAAAUGCGAAAACCUGCAGGAUAAGAGAGGAGCCUGCGCAGAUUUGUGGUAGUUCUUCAGAUAUUUACGUCAACGAGAGGCCGGAAAGUUCUGAAGCAACCUCAGCUAACAACGACAGCGAUGAUAUAUACUCAGAAAUUAAGACCGGUACCAACAAUACUUCGCAGCCAUUGCACUAUGCAACGUACGAAGACAUCAAGCAAGAUAACAAGACGGAUGUUAACGGCAACGGUAGAAGUGGUCGUGGUAAGGACGGCAGUGGAAGAAGUGAUAAUGCUAAAGGCGAACAUAUGGAACUAACAGACCUUGCAAAGACGAAAACCGAGGAUACUUACAACGUACCAAAAUCUCAUUCUAGAUUUAACAACCAGAAAUCGUCCGACGAUCGUAACGACAAUGCUGUUGGUGGUGGUAGUGGUGGUGACGACCGCAAAAACAAUAAUGGGGAUAAUGAUAGCAUUGAAGGGAGUCGCAGCAAAACCUGCGACAGUGGAAUCUAUAUCUAUCUGAACAGUAAAGAAGAGGAAGACGAGCAGGAGGACGAAAAUGACAUCAUUUACAGUGUUCCAUAUAGUAACAGUAACAAUAACAAUAGCAACAACAAUAACAGCAAUUGCAGCAACAACAACAACAGCCCAUCACACAGAGACUGCAUCAAGUGCAAUGACACACGACAACCAAGAAAACAACGGCGCGCUGCCGUCGUCCAGUCGCAUGUCUACCAAAACGCCAUGUUCGAUGGCGAGGAAGCUGGGCACAGCACUGACAUUGCAAAGACGAACGCUUCGUCGCUUUCGUCAUCACCAUCACCAUCGUUAUCGUCGUCGUCGUCGCUGCAACAGUGGCAAAACGAUGGCAUAAUCUAUAGCAAUGUAGCAGACAAUUGUUGUGACGAUCAGACUUUAUACCAAGACAUCGACAACACAAAGAAUGAGGUCCAUGUUUGAGAGGGAGAUGGAUGAAAAGAUGGUGCGUGUGAGUGUGUGGAAAUAUAUAGAUAUGUUUGUGUGUAUAUUUGUGGGUGUGUGUGUGUGUGUAUGUAUCAAGAUAUAUAAUAAGAUUCAGAGGAGCAUGCAUGUGUAUAUAUGUGUGUAUAUAGACAUGCAAGCUAAAACCUUAAAUUCAUUUUAAACCUAUGCCUUAACUAAUAUAUACGCACACAUACAUAUACAUAUAUAUAUAUGCAUAUACAUAUAUAUAUGUACAGUCAUAAAUAUAUUCACAUUUAUACAUAUACAUACAUUAUAUAUAUAUUACAUGUACAUUACGCGCACACACACACACACAAAGGGUCAGCGCUAGAGUUGCUGGUGCCCCGGGUAAGCUGAACUUCGAUGUGUACAAGCUGACGGUCGUGGAAAUUUCAUUGUCUUUGUCACGCCCACUAACACGAAGCGCCCCGGGCGGCUGCCAGAGACGCCGGAACCUUCAGCUGGCCCUGGAUAUAGAUAUAGAUAUAUAUAUAUAUAUA